AUGGUUCAGUUCCGCGCUUCAUAUGCCAUCGCGGCCUUCGUCGCAGCUCUGUUCGGGGCGGGCUGCGAGGCUCAAACUUUCCAGCGUCUCGGCGCGUGUCCUAGCCUUGGCUGUAUCUUCCCCCCGGACCAAGCCGACUUUCUGGCCGGACAGUACUUUGACGUCCGUCUCGAGGUGCAUGCGCCGUUGAACGGUUCUCAAGCCAUUGGAAGGCGCGCAGAUGAGAACUUCAAGUUCACCAUCGCCAAAGUCGACGAGGGUGGCGCUCUGUCUGAGGCUGUCAGCGCGACCGAUUACUUCGGUACCGAAGAGCCGGAGCUUGAGAAGUGGGACUUCUCCUGGUACGAGGACCUCUUCGCCAGAGAUGCCGGAAGGGCUACCCUUGUCGAUGUCACUGCAAAGGCUUAUCGCAAGGUGGCUCUGUACGAGCCGGGUGAGUACGUCGCGACUCUGACGUACAACAAUGGCACUCAGACCAAGGCGACUUGGCUCGUUCGUGACAUGGCCGAAGUCCGCCGCACCAAGAACGUCAUCUUCUUCAUUGGUGAUGGUAUGACCACGAACAUGAUCACUGCUGCCCGCUUGAUUGCCCACAAACAGGUCAACGGCAAGUACCAGACGAGGAUGCAGCUGGAUCAGUUCCCCGUAUUGGGCCACCAGAUGACUCACUCUCUGGACACCUUCAUCACCGACUCGGCCAACUCAGCAAGCGCCCUCAACACCGGCCAUAAGAGCUCCUCGGGUGCUCUGGGCGUCUACGCCGACUCGAGCAAAGACCCCUUCGACGACCCCAAGGUUGAAACCAUCGCCGAAAUCUUCCAGCGCGUCCAUGGCGGCCACAUUGGCAUUGUCAGCACUGCCUUUAUCGCCGACGCCACGCCCGCCGCCAUCAAUGCGCACACGCGUGAGCGUGGCACGUAUGCCCAAAUCGUCGACAUGAUGCUGAAUGGCAACACCAACUACACGUGGUCCGAGUGGAACAGCCCCGAUGUCAUCUUCGGUGGUGGCGGAGAGCAGUUCUACAAUUCGACACGAGGUGGCAAGACUCACCAGGACAAGGACUACUACGUCGAGUUUGCGAAUGCCGGCUACAACAUUGUUCUGGACAAGGACGAGCUCGAAGAGACUGCCAACGAUACCAAGACGCUAGGCAUCUUCUCCACGUCCAACCUGGCCAAGUGGCUUGACAGAAACGUAUACACGGCCAACCUGAACCAGUCGCUCAGCCCGAGCGGCGACGAGACGGCGGCCCUCAACCAGCCGGGUCUCAAGGAGAUGACGCUCAAGGCCAUCGACAUCCUCGCGGCCCGUUCGGGCGAGGACGACAAGGGCUUCUUCCUGAUGUCCGAGGCGGCAUCCAUCGACAAGAUGAUGCACGUACUCGACUACGAUCGUGCGCUCGGAGAACUGUUGGAGCUCGACGACACGGUCAAGGCGACGGUGGCCAAGCUCAAGGCGCUCGACCAGCUCAAGGACACGCUGAUCCUGGUGACGGCGGACCACGGGCACGGCUUCGACGUCAUGGGCAGCGUCGACACGAAGUAUCUGGCGGCGCAGACGGACGGGCGCAAGAAGCGCGACGCGGUGGGCGUGUACGAGCGGUCGGGGCAGUCGCAGUACGUGAUGACGGGCAACCUGACGUACACGGACGGCGGGUUCCCCAGCACGUGGGAGCCCGACUACACGCUCUUCGCGGGCGUCUCGGCCAACCCGGACCGGCGCGAGGACUACCGGGUGCACAAGCACGGCCCGCGCGAGCCGGCGGUGGAGUUGGUCGAGGACUCGGACGACUUCCACGCCAACCCGGAGGAUGCACCGGCGGGGCUCGAGUUGAAUGGCAAUCUGCCGGUCGACUACGACCAGGGCGUGCACAGCCUGACGGACGUGCCCGUCUUCGCAACCGGCCCGUGCCAGGAGCUUUUUGGAGGCGUGUACAGUAACAUUGACGUGUUUUUCAAAAUGGCCGAGUGUUUGGGGUUGAGCAGGACUGCUGUGUUCCGGUAG